AUGAGUGAACGAGACGCCGCCACCACCGACGUCCGAGACUGGGAGGAGCUGGAGGCACGCAGGAGGCGCCGGAGGAGCGAGUAUUUCGGACAGCAGCGUGCAGGUCCGCCGCAGAUUGUUCAGCCCAGCCCGCCGACCCCGAAACGCAGCGAGAUAAGCAGAGAGGAGUUUUGGGCGGCUCUCGACCGCGACAGCGAGAGUGGACCACCGCAAACGCCCUCUACCGGUCCGUCCGAGGCUUCCAGUCGCCUGCAGCGUAUACGUGGAAAGUGGACGGCUCUCAAGGAAGCCUUUGGUGCCUGA